AUGCACACCGCCAGACUCCUCGCUGUCGCUCUCCUGAGCAUCAUCGUACCCACGCCGGUUUGGGCCGAUGGAAGCUCAGGAAACAGUUUUUCACAAGAAGCCCAUGGAAGAAAGAUAUCCGGGUGUCAAGGGUACGCCUCUGCAGGUUUUGGUCAGCGCACGCUCCCAAUCGGUAGCGGCGACAACUAUCGGGGGAAUGUUGGCAUCCCGUAUGGCAGCAACAUCAUCGAGAUCCCUGCACACGCUGCAGAUGACUACAGACAUGUGGUUCAGUUCAAUGGAGUCCCCGGCGACUCUUGGACAGUGGUUAUUUGGAACAAAUACGGACCAGACGGGGUGAUGAACGGAUGGUUUGGUAACGCCUGUCAUGACUUCCACCUCACAGGCAGCCAAACUCGCUUCUUUGCGUUCGAUGGCGACUCGCAAGGUGGAUGGGCAGCUGCGCGCGGGUCUCACAUCCCAUUGGACACUAACGGGGGUUACGCAACCACCUGGGGAGAGUUUGAUUUUGGCUCGCGCAUCAAUCUUGGGUGGAGUGGAUUUGAUGUCUCUGCAAUUGCUGCUCAGAGCGCCCAGUUGGACGUUCAGGGAAUGAAGAUUUGUGAUGCAGUGACAGGAGUUUGCUCCAGUGUCAGCAAAAGCGCGGCUCGGAUUGAAAAUGCCUACACAUUCGCGACUAGAUAUGAGAAUGGCAUCGGCGGUAACCUUGCGCCUGGUCCAGUGCGAUUGCAAGUUUGGAUUGACUAUGUUGAUAGGGACACGCGAGAUGAGAUUCAUUGA